AUGGUCUCUCCAGCAUGGGCGCACCAGCAUGGGCGCACCAGCAUGGGCGCACCAGCAUGGGCCACCAGCAUGGGCGCACCAGCAUGGGCUCACCAGCAUGGGCGCACCAGCAUGGGCUCUCCAGCAUGGGCUCUCCCCAGCAUGGGCUCUCCAGCAUGGGCUCUCCAGCAUGGGCGCACCAGCAUGGGCGCACCAGCAUGGGCGCACCAGCAUGGGCGCACCAGCAUGGGCGCACCAGCAUGGGCGCACCAGCAUGGGCGCACCAGCAUGGGCGCACCAGCAUGGGCGCACCAGCAUGGGCGCACCAGCAUGGGCGCACCAGCAUGGGCGCACCAGCAUGGGCGCACCAGCAUGGGCGCACCAGCAUGGGCGCACCAGCAUGGGCGCACCAGCAUGGGCUCACCAGCAUGGGCGCACCAGCAUGGUCUCUCCAGCAUGGGCGCACCAGCAUGGUCUCUCCAGCAUGGGCGCACCAGCAUGGUCUCUCCAGCAUGGGCGCACCAGCAUGGUCUCUCCAGCAUGGGCGCACCAGCAUGGGCGCACCAGCAUGGGCGCACCAGCAUGGGCUCACCAGCAUGGGCGCACCAGCAUGGGCUCACCAGCAUGGGCGCACCAGCAUGGGCUCUCCAGCAUGGGCGCACCAGCAUGGGCUCACCAGCAUGGGCUCACCAGCAUGGGCGCACCAGCAUGGGCGCACCAGCAUGGGCGCACCAGCAUGGGCUCACCAGCAUGGGCGCACCAGCAUGGGCUCUCCAGCAUGGGCGCACCAGCAUGGGCUCACCAGCAUGGGCUCACCAGCAUGGGCGCACCAGCAUGGGCUCUCCAGCAUGGGCGCACCAGCAUGGGCUCUCCAGCAUGGGCGCACCAGCAUGGGCUCUCCAGCAUGGACGCACCAGCAUGGACGCACCAGCAUGGGCGCACCAGCAUGGGCGCACCAGCAUGGGCGCACCAGCAUGGGCGCACCAGCAUGGGCGCACCAGCAUGGGCUCACCAGCAUGGGCUCACCAGCAUGGGCUCACCAGCAUGGGCUCACCAGCAUGGGCGCACCAGCAUGGGCGCACCAGCAUGGGCGCACCAGCAUGGGCGCACCAGCAUGGGCGCACCAGCAUGGGCGCACCAGCAUGGGCGCACCAGCAUGGGCGCACCAGCAUGGGCGCACCAGCAUGGGCGCACCAGCAUGGGCUCUCCAGCAUGGGCGCACCAGCAUGGGCGCACCAGCAUGGGCUCUCCAGCAUGGGCGCACCAGCAUGGGCGCACCAGCAUGGGCUCACCAGCAUGGGCGCACCAGCAUGGGCGCACCAGCAUGGGCUCUCCAGCAUGGGCGCACCAGCAUGGGCUCUCCAGCAUGGGCGCACCAGCAUGGGCGCACCAGCAUGGGCUCUCCAGCAUGGGCUCUCCAGCAUGGGCGCACCAGCAUGGGCUCUCCAGCAUGGACGCACCAGCAUGGGCGCACCAGCAUGGGCGCACCAGCAUGGGCGCACCAGCAUGGGCGCACCAGCAUGGGCGCACCAGCAUGGGCGCACCAGCAUGGGCUCACCAGCAUGGGCGCACCAGCAUGGGCGCACCAGCAUGGGCGCACCAGCAUGGGCGCACCAGCAUGGGCGCACCAGCAUGGGCGCACCAGCAUGGGCGCACCAGCAUGGGCUCUCCAGCAUGGUCUCUCCAGCAUGGUCUCUCCAGCAUGGGCGCACCAGCAUGGGCUCACCAGCAUGGGCGCACCAGCAUGGGCUCACCAGCAUGGGCUCACCAGCAUGGGCGCACCAGCAUGGGCGCACCAGCAUGGGCGCACCAGCAUGGGCGCACCAGCAUGGGCGCACCAGCAUGGGCGCACCAGCAUGGGCUCACCAGCAUGGGCGCACCAGCAUGGGCGCACCAGCAUGGGCGCACCAGCAUGGGCGCACCAGCAUGGGCUCUCCAGCAUGGGCGCACCAGCAUGGGCGCACCAGCAUGGGCGCACCAGCAUGGGCGCACCAGCAUGGGCUCUCCAGCAUGGGCUCUCCAGCAUGGGCGCACCAGCAUGGGCUCUCCAGCAUGGACGCACCAGCAUGGGCGCACCAGCAUGGGCGCACCAGCAUGGGCGCACCAGCAUGGGCUCACCAGCAUGGGCUCACCCGCAUGGGCGCACCAGCAUGGGCGCACCAGCAUGGGCGCACCAGCAUGGGCGCACCAGCAUGGGCGCACCAGCAUGGGCGCACCAGCAUGGGCGCACCAGCAUGGGCGCACCAGCAUGGGCGCACCAGCAUGGGCGCACCAGCAUGGGCGCACCAGCAUGGGCGCACCAGCAUGGGCGCACCAGCAUGGGCGCACCAGCAUGGGCGCACCAGCAUGGGCGCACCAGCAUGGGCGCACCAGCAUGGGCGCACCAGCAUGGGCGCACCAGCAUGGGCCACCAGCAUGGGCGCACCAGCAUGGGCGCACCAGCAUGGGCGCACCAGCAUGGGCGCACCAGCAUGGGCGCACCAGCAUGGGCGCACCAGCAUGGGCGCACCAGCAUGGGCCACCAGCAUGGGCGCACCAGCAUGGGCGCACCAGCAUGGGCGCACCAGCAUGGGCGCACCAGCAUGGGCGCACCAGCAUGGGCGCACCAGCAUGGGCGCACCAGCAUGGGCGCACCAGCAUGGGCGCACCAGCAUGGGCGCACCAGCAUGGGCUCUCCAGCAUGGGCUCUCCAGCAUGGGCGCACCAGCAUGGGCUCUCCAGCAUGGACGCACCAGCAUGGGCGCACCAGCAUGGGCGCACCAGCAUGGGCUCACCAGCAUGGGCUCACCAGCAUGGGCGCACCAGCAUGGGCGCACCAGCAUGGGCGCACCAGCAUGGGCGCACCAGCAUGGGCGCACCAGCAUGGGCUCUCCAGCAUGGUCUCUCCAGCAUGGGCGCACCAGCAUGGUCUCUCCAGCAUGGGCGCACCAGCAUGGGCUCACCAGCAUGGGCUCACCAGCAUGGGCUCACCAGCAUGGGCGCACCAGCAUGGGCGCACCAGCAUGGGCGCACCAGCAUGGGCGCACCAGCAUGGGCGCACCAGCAUGGGCGCACCAGCAUGGGCGCACCAGCAUGGGCGCACCAGCAUGGGCGCACCAGCAUGGGCGCACCAGCAUGGGCGCACCAGCAUGGGCGCACCAGCAUGGGCGCACCAGCAUGGGCGCACCAGCAUGGGCGCACCAGCAUGGGCGCACCAGCAUGGGCGCACCAGCAUGGGCGCACCAGCAUGGGCGCACCAGCAUGGGCGCACCAGCAUGGGCGCACCAGCAUGGGCGCACCAGCAUGGGCUCUCCAGCAUGGGCUCUCCAGCAUGGGCGCACCAGCAUGGGCUCUCCAGCAUGGACGCACCAGCAUGGGCGCACCAGCAUGGGCGCACCAGCAUGGGCUCACCAGCAUGGGCUCACCAGCAUGGGCGCACCAGCAUGGGCGCACCAGCAUGGGCGCACCAGCAUGGGCGCACCAGCAUGGGCUCUCCAGCAUGGUCUCUCCAGCAUGGGCGCACCAGCAUGGUCUCUCCAGCAUGGGCGCACCAGCAUGGGCUCACCAGCAUGGGCUCACCAGCAUGGGCUCACCAGCAUGGGCGCACCAGCAUGGGCGCACCAGCAUGGGCGCACCAGCAUGGGCGCACCAGCAUGGGCGCACCAGCAUGGGCGCACCAGCAUGGGCGCACCAGCAAGGGCGCACCAGCAUGGGCGCAGGGCGCACCAGCAUGGGCGCACCAGCAUGGGCGCACCAGCCGUGAACAGCUAA